GUCGGUUGUUCUUUGAAGAUUUUUAAUUUGGAAUAGUUUUUAUUAAAUUUUUUAUAAAAUGGAUUUUACUAUAACGGACACAAAACCCAGUCAGCGCAAGACCGUGUCUACUUCAGCCAAGUUUUUAAUUUUUGCCACCGGUGGUGUGGGCGUGGGCUUAUCUGUUAUUUGUUAUUCAUUUGUAGCUCCGGCAUUUCGUCGAAUUUGUCUACCAUAUGUUCCAGCCACUACAGAACAAGUUAACAAUGUUUUGCAGUUCCUGCCGCGCAAUACUCCUAAAAAAUUGCUUGAUAUAGGUUCAGGAGAUGGAAGAAUUGUUUUCGCUACAGCAAAACAUGGUCUGCAAUCUGAUGGAGUUGAAUUGAACCCCUGGCUCGUGUGGUGGUCUCGCAUAGCAGCUUUAAGAGAAGGUGUAGGAUCAAAGACAAAAUUCUUUCGUAAAGAUUUAUGGAAAUUUGAUUUGAAACCCUAUGAUUAUGUAGUUAUAUUCGGUGUGGAACAGAUGAUGAAAGAUUUGGAGACAAAACUAGUUGCUGAAGCGCCCAAUUCCAAAGUAAUAGCCUGUCGUUUUCCUUUGCCCAACUUAGAGCCUUUAAAAACUAUCGACGAAGGAGUCAAUACAGUUUGGUUUUACGAUCUUGGUAAAAUUUCACAAAUUAACAAAUCAAACCACAGUAAAUAAAUAAAACUGCUAAAUGUGUA